ACUAAUCUGAAAAGUUUCAAAAUACAUCUAUAUCUGAGUUGUGAAGAGUAUGUAUUAAGGUUAUAACAACCAACAAGAAUGCAGUUUUAUGUAGAAAAUCAUGAUUAAAUCAAGUCUUCCUGACUAGUGAUUGAAAGCAUGCUUUAAAUUAUGCUUUAAAUAAAUUUGAUUUAUAUCAAAUCCACCCUGGUUACAAAUACUAACCAGAUCUGACUUUACUUAUGAUGAGAUUACAGCCAAAGUCCCCCUUUAUAGAUCUCAGUAGUUUCUAAUUUGGCAAUGGUAUGUUAAUUAUUUUGUUUGCAUUAGGAGCAACUUAUUUCUGCAGUCAAAUUAUGUGAAUGCUUAAAAUGUUUUUAUUUUCUGCUCGAGUAUAUGCUUUUACAUUUAUGAUGUGUAUUAUCACAAUAAAUAUGUUUUAUCCUGUAAUGUUUAGACAUACAACUCUUAGUGCACCACCAGUUUUUAAAAGUUAAGCAUAUAGGGACUGUAAUAGCUAUGCACUCCAACAAAUGAAUUUAAUUCUGCAUUUUCUAGAAAUAAAUAGCUGAGAUUUCCUUUCCAACAAUACUUUAGAAGCACAGAUAAAAUGAUUUCCUGUCUCACUAUUUCCUGUAUCCAUGGUAACCUCUCUUUAGCCACUGGCUGUGGAAGAGCCUAUGGGUAGAAUGUUUCCUGAGUAAACAGUUGCAGAAGCAAGCACUCUAAUAAACCAGAAUAUUGCUAAGAAAAGUCUUACAGCAAGUCUAAAAAGUAAACUUUCAAGUCCAGUGAACUGCAUCACAAGCCAACUGUGCUAAUAUGAAUUUGUGGUUUGGGCUAAGUCAGAGAUGACUGGGAAAACCAAAGACAGGGAUGUGUAUGGACUUCAAAAUUCUGUACCCUGCACAAGAAUAUUCCUGCAUAUUCUUAACUGUUUUCUUUUGUUGCUGCUCCAGAAAGAGGUACUUGGCUGUCCAUCCGUCUGCCAGCUCUGCACUGGGAAACAAGUUAAAUGUCGUAACUUAGGUCUUUCAAGCAUUCCAAAGAACUUUCCAAAAAGUACAGUUCUCAUAUACCUCAGUGGAAAUAAUAUAUCACAUGUAAUUCCUAAUGAAUUAACAGGUCUUCAGAAGCUUGCUGUGCUCUAUUUGGAUAAUUCCAGCAUUUCAUAUGUGCAUCCAAAGGCUUUUGUUGAACUUAAUACACUGUGCUACUUACAUCUAAAUAAUAAUAACAUAAAACGUUUGGAUCCAGGAAUAUUUGAAGGGCUUUCAGAUCUUCAUUGGUUAUAUCUUCAGAAUAAUCAAAUAUCUUUUGUUCCUAGAGGAUUAUUUAGUGGUCUGAUUUCAGUUCGCUAUUUAACUUUUGAAAGGAAUCGCCUCAGUAUCCUUGGAAGUGGCACUUUCUUGGGAAUGAUUAGUCUUCAGACACUUAAUCUAGCCAGCAAUAAGAUUUCACGGAUCUCAGAUACUGCAUUUCAUCACCUUGGGAACCUUGUGUAUUUGUACCUUGAUGCUAAUAAUUUAACACAUGUACCAUCAAAGGCCAUUGGAAUACUUAAAAAUCUAGAAAGACUUUCCUUGUCUCAUAAUCCUCUUGGGUCAGUACAUCCUUUUGCAUUUAAAGGACUUGACAGGCUUGAAUAUCUGUCUUUGAAGAGUGCAAAACUAAAAAGCAUUUUCAUGAAUGGUUUUGUUGGACUAAAUAACCUUAAAAAGUUAAUUUUAAGUGAUAAUGAUUUAGAACAUAUAAAUUCUAACACUUUUACUUGGUUGCAUAAUAUAAUGUACCUGCAACUAGACAAGAAUAAAAUAGUUAGUAUUGGUGAUAAUACAUUUGAAAAAAUAGGUUCUUCUUUGAAGAUUCUAAAUCUAGCAUCUAAUAAUCUUACCAGUUUGCAGCCGAAAGUGCUCAAGCCUUUGGUUUCAUUAACUCAUCUACAGGCAAACAACAACCCUUGGAACUGUAGCUGCAAAUUGUUUGGGCUUCGUAAUUGGCUAGCAUUAUCAUCAGUCUCUGUCAAAAUCCAUUGUCAAAGUCCCCCAAGUAUGCGUGGUAGACCUUUGCAUUUUGUUAAAUGGACUGAAUUUACAGACUGUGCUAUAAUUACCAUUAAUCCAGAGACAACCUGGAAUGUAACAUCUGUGAGUAUCCAAAACAGCACCACCGCGUUAGUGAUGACAUGGCAUAUAGAAACUACAUAUGAUACACUUGUACAUUUGGAAAAUGCUAGUACUAAACAUGUUACUUUUUGGGAGAGAGCUCAGACCCCAUCUUCUAGUCAAUUUCUUUAUGAAGAACAUGCUGCUGGGACUCCAUCAGAAGCAACAACAGAGUUAUCAGUAUUAGCCAUGCAAACAGCUGCCCAGAUUAUGCCAGUUAACUUGACCAUAGGGCAGAAAAGCAUAUUUCCACCAGAUUCUGCAUCUGUAUCCUUAAAAACAUCUCUAAUCUGCACACAGCAGGUGGAGAAACUGAAACAGGCAUUUGACAUUUUACUAGCCUUUUUCAUUUUGGCUUGUGCUGUGAUCCUAUUUCUAAUCUGUAAAAUCAUCCAGUUUAGACAAAAGCUGAAAAUGCAGGGAAACUCAGCGGACAAGGGACUAGCAUACUGCAGUUUUUACCAGGCUGGCAGAUACAAUGUAACUGACCCAGUUCAGGCCCUACCUCAAAAUCCAAUGAGGAAUUCAGAAUUGGACCAAAUUAGGCUUAUCAAACAAACAAUGCCUGAAAGUCAGGCACAGGUCAUCCUAUUUGAACAUUCAGCGUUGUAACUUACUCAGCUACACUUUUGAUGAUGAAUUUAUUAAGGUUUGAAAUAAGAAAUCAAAUGCAUUAAGUUCUCUUAAAAAAGUUGAUAUUUCUCUGCUACGUCAACAGAUUGGUGGUUUUGUGGAAAAUGGUAUAAUUUGAAAUUGAUAUAAUGAUUAUUACUGAAGAUUUGUCACUACAUUUCUUAACUUUUAACAGCUAUAUUGUAAUUGAAUGUUAAGCCUGUAUUGUGGACGAAUCUCAUUCUACUCUGUCCCCGUUUAAGGAAAGUCUUCAGUCAUAACUCCUGCAACUAAAAAUGAGUGUUCUCCCUAUGUGAGAAACUAAAACUGUGUCUUUAAAUGGUUUUGUUCUUUUCAAAUAUGUAUUAUUAUUAAAUUAUUCACAGCAGCAACAUAAAACAGCUUGUAAAUGAGUAAGUAAAACUGAUGGUGAUUGUUGUUAGCAUUAUGAAGCUGAAAUAUUUGUGAGAGAAAGUGGUCUUCUUAGAGAGAGCCUCUUAAUAUGUGAAUAGUAAUUCAUAAAGAAAUGGAGCAGAAAACAAAAUUAAUGAGCAUUCCUUUUCAUUUAACAUGGGUUACGAUAAAUCUGAGAAACAGGCAAAACAACUAUAAUAAACUGUAUAUUAUUUGUACAUAAAUGAAAAAAUAUAUGUUGCUCGGAGACUAAUUGUUACAGAGUGUAUAGUAUGUACAUUAAAACAAUAUAUACAAUAUAAUUCAUUAUCCAUAUUCUCUAUACAAAAAUCAUAGUCAUCCUAAGCCACAGUGUCCCCUCCCCUAUUAGUUAAUAGCAUUUAUCCAAAUGCCCUGUUACUCAAAAGUUUUGCCUAUCCCACAGGCAUAGGCAGCACUUGGCUAAGGCUAGAGAAGGUUCAGCCUCCCUAAAUCUAUAUCUGACCUCAGUGAUAUAGCCAUGAGUAGGCUGUGUAAGUCUUAUUACCCAGACUCAUGCAAAUCUGAGCACUAGCCACAGACUAAUUCCCCAUGUACAUGACGGGUUGUGAAAGGGUCUCAGAACUAGAUUUUUUUUUUCAAGAUUGAACCAGGUGGCCAAGGGGCACAGUCUUUUAUUACAGCUGCUAGUGCUUCAUACCAUUCUACUCAUCUCUGCUUCCCAGGUAAUACAGGCUCUGAUUGUUUGGCAAUUGAAGCCAAUCAGGUUUUGGCCAGAACCCUCACCCAGCAAUGGAUGAGGGCAGGACAUACCUCCAUCAAUAGGAAAUGAAGUAACCUUUCCGCUACCCACCCACAGCCAUGGAUGGGUUUGAGGCAUGCCUCUACCAAUGGGGAGGCAGUAACCAGACCUAGAUGGCGUAAUGGCAGAGCCACUUCCCUACUGCCAUAACUGAGCAGUGGCUAGGCCACAUUUUAGUGGUAUUGUGUGGCUAUGCCCCAUGUCAGUCCCAUCCUCCAAUAAUAUUUUCACUACCCUCCUAGACUCUCAGGCCAUUUGGAUAAACAGAAGUGAACAGUAUAUUGUUUGUUUUGUAUGCAUAUCUUUCCUUUCUGCACAUCACACUAACUGGAAAAUGGGGUUUUUAGAGACAUUUUUCUGUGGGUUGAAAAAAGGACGUCAUAAUAUCCAGCAUCAAAGAAUAGACAGGUAUUGCUCAAUAGGACGUAUUUACUCGUCUAUAGAUUAAUUUUUUUUCUUGUAAACUUAUAAAUAUGCUGGUUUAUGUUAUCAUUCAGCAUCCCAUUUAAGUUUUUUUUUUAGUUGUUUUAUUAUAGAUAGCCUUUUCUGAGGGGCUCUGUUUUGAAUCAUAAGGUAAAAUGACUUUGUAUCAGCCAGUACCAGAGAUCUAGCUGUUAAUUAUCAGCAUUCAUCUUGAAUAAAUGUAAAUUAGAUUUUAGUUUGUCUCUUGUAUCUAUUUUAGCUAUUUAUUUUUACUCUUGAUAUUGUUUGAUUGUGCCUGCUGGUAUUCUGGGGUGUGUGUUAAUCUGUUUUCAUUUUCUUUUAUUUUAGGCCUAUAUUUACUUGAUGUUUUGCUCCCCAAACAAUAUGAAUGAUAGCUCUUAAAAAGAUAUAGAAGUUUGUCCCAACUACUAAUGUAGGGUCAAAUUUUCAGGCAACCCUAACCCGGGUCUCCAUUUUUGUAGGUGUAAUUUUAUAUAUACACCAGAAAUCAUUUAUGUAUCUAAGCAAUCAAAUCUACAAGCACAUUUGUGCUUACCAUUUUGCACCAGUAAAAGUGGACACCGAUGUUUGAAAAUGUGGCCCCAAUUGUGAAAUAAAUGUAUAUGGUUCAACUAUAGAGCCAGAUUCUUUGGUGUUGCACAUCCCCUUUUCAUCAUGCUGCCAAGUAGAUCCUGGCCAGUUUGCCAUAAUGCAGUUGGUAUCCUCUAGGCAUAGAACCAUCAAAGGGCUCCUGUGUCAUCCUGCUUUCCUGCUGGCAGCACAGGGGACUUGUCUGAGAGGCCUUUUUGAUUCCCAGCUGCAGUGUCAGUUUCUCAGGUAACUCUAAGUUGCUAUUGAAGACUGCUCCUGUUCACAACAUUCCCAGUAUUGGAGAGGAAUGCAAAAACAGGUUUUCUACCACAUUCAGACCUGUGCUCUCAAUCUACACUCCACUAUAUACUCCUUGCAAUAAAUGAGUGUCAAACCCAUGAUCUCUUUGUGUUAAAUGUGGUGCAGCAUCAGUUGUACUUUAAUGAGACUUCUGUUUUAGGUCAUCUAUUUGAAGUUUAAAAAUCACCAUUGACAGCCUACUAAAGCAACAGCUACUAUGGGUUACAUGGCCUUCUUUCAACCAAUGGGAUUGUUUAGCAUUACAGUGAUAUAAUACUUUUACAAUUAUGUAUGCUCUCGAGAUGUUAAGUAUAAUAUGCACAUUUAUUUAGAAAGGAAGAAUGCAUAGAAAAGAUUUAUUGCCUUGGAUUCAGAUUUAAAAUGCGCUUUAGGUAGCAUGGUCAUUGAAGCUGAAACAAAGCUGUCCAGCAUCUCAGCUUUCUUCUUGCCCCAUUGAGCGAAUUGUCACAUUCUGAUUCUUAUACAGAAUCCACUAAUCUAGUGGUGGUAGGUUUCCUUGUGGGGUUAAUAACAAUUACAGAACAUGAAGCAAUUAGAUACUUUUUAAAAUGCUGUCUUUCUAAACACUUUCACUUUAUAUGUCUGUCCUUAGUAGUAAGGGACCAAUAUCUCCUAGUUAAAUAAAUCCGUGUAGGAGCUAGCUUAAUUUUCUACUAAUUAGAAAUUCCUUCUCCAUCUGUGUAUGGCAAGAUCCUGCCCCAAUGGACCGGAGGUUGAGAUCCACUAAGCCCUUUGGUGACCUAAUCCUCAUGGAAAAGUCCUAUGGAUUUCAGGCCAUCCUGAAGACUCAGAGCUCCCAUAAUACAAUACAGCAUUUUUCACAGAUGGUGGUGCAGUUUGCUCUUGAAGUUGUGGCCUCCAUAUGAGCACCUAUUCCAGAAACUAUAUCAAGGAUGUAUUUCACUGCACGGAGAGCAACAGAGUAGAGGGUAUUGCAGACAGACAGGGUACUUCUCCAGGGAAAUCCUCUGGUUUCCAUCUUUGAGACCCAUAGCACAGACUUGAUUAUGGGACUAUAUUAAGGGGAUUGGUUGAUAAUUAGAUGUAUUUUGGCAGAAUCAGUGGUCCCCCCUUUUAUAUCCCCAGCCAGUUUCCACUGUAAGUGUCUUCUCUUUUAACAGAAGGGAACAUACGGACCAUAGUUUUAUAUAUUUGUUCCUUGGAUCAGGGGUUUUCACUGUCAGGGUAUGUCUACA